GCGUGGUCAUCGUGCUGCACCUGCGCGCGCGCCAGGUUAAUGAGUGACGCUGGGUUUCACCGCUUGCUUCCAAACAUAAGCGGUCCGGAAGUGAUAAAGGAAAAACGGCACAGGCCUGAGAUGGACCGUUACAGGUAUUUCAUCUUCAAUCAGAAGAGUGUGGUGGUCCUCGGCAUCCUUCAGGUGGCGUGCGCGGGGCUUUGCGUGGUUUGCGGCUUUAUGGAUGCAGUCUUCCGCAAGAGCACUACUCUGAGUGAAACUAGAGCUCCACUCUGGGCUGGACUGCUUAUGGCUGCCCCUGGUGUGCUUGCUCUCUUUGCAUCCCAGAAGAAAAACCCAGUUUUGGUAAAUGUCAUGAUCGUAUCAUCUGUGAUGUCGCUUUUUGCUGUUGUGAUUGUCUUCGUUUAUGCUUGCGUCACUCUCAGCUAUGGAGAAGAGGAUGAUGAGAUCUUCCAUGCCCAUCCUAUCCCUGAAGUGAGGUUUGUCCUCAGCCGGAUGGUGAAAGGCGCAAACGGCACCCUUCUGGUGGCCUGCAUGGGGUCCUUGCUCUUUUCUUCUCUCAUUGCAUAUGUUGGCUGCCGCAGUCUGCCGCUUUGCGGCUGCUACGACUCAGCAAAUGGCAUGGAGUUUCUAAUUCCUCAGAAUGACCCUGUUACUCCAACUGAACUUGUAUGCUCUUGGCAAGAUGGAGAUGAGUGAAUCUUUAACUCCACCAUGUCAUUCAUGGAUCACUGUCCUGUACAGGAACAACAAGACCUUUCCAUGCUUCCACCAUAUAGCAGACUAGCAUAGUAAUUGAUUAUUUUUUUAUGUGUGUGUCUGGGGAAAAUAUGAAAUAUAGUUCAUUAAUUUUCCCCACAAAGAUUAUCAAGCCUGCUUGUUUCAAAUCAACUUUAAAUUUGUUUCUUGAUGUUUAAGUUAUCAGUGCCAUAUUUUAAUAUGAUCUUUCAGUGUGUUUUUUUCUUAAUGCAUGUGCCUUGGCUUUAUACUUUUUU